AUGACCGAGACCACCAAGACCCACGUUAUCCUGCUCGCCUGCGGCAGCUUCAACCCCAUCACAAAGGGCCACAUCCAGAUGUUCGAAAGAGCCCGGGAUUAUCUGCACAAGACAGGAAGGUUCAUUGUCAUUGGUGGAAUUGUCUCGCCUGUACAUGACUCCUAUGGGAAGCAGGGCCUGGUCUCUAGCCGACACCGCCUGACAAUGUGCCAAUUGGCUGUCCAGUCCUCCGACUGGAUAAGAGUGGACCCUUGGGAAUGUUACCAGGAUACCUGGCAGACUACCUGCAGUGUACUUGAACACCACAGGGAUCUGAUGAAACGAGUGACUGGCUGCAUCCUCUCCAACGUUAAUACACCGUCCCUGACCCCAGUGAUUGGGCAGCCCCAGAACGAGACCCCACAGCCUAUCUAUCAAAACAGCAACCUUUCCAACAAGCCCACUGCAGCAAAGUUCUUGGGGAAGGUGGGAGAGAGCCUCAGCAGGAUUUGCUGUGUUCGCCCACCGAUGGAACGUUUCACCUUUGUGGAUGAAAAUGCAAAUUUGGGGACAGUUAUGAGAUAUGAAGAGAUCGAGCUCCGGAUCUUGCUGCUCUGUGGCAGCGACUUGCUGGAAUCCUUCUGUAUCCCAGGCCUAUGGAAUGAAGCAGAUAUGGAGGUGAUCGUUGGGGACUUUGGCAUUGUAGUCGUGCCACGAGAUGGUGUUGACACAGACCGGAUCAUGAACCAUUCCUCAAUACUCCGCAAGUACAAAAAUAAUAUCCUAGUUGUGAAAGACGAUGUGAAUCACCCCAUGUCUGUUGUCAGUUCAACCAAAAGCAGACUGGCUCUUCAACACGGUGACGGACAUGUUGUGGAUUAUCUGUCUCAACCAGUCAUCGACUACAUUCUCAAGAGCCAGCUGUACCUGAAUGCCUCUGGUUAGCCCCCCUCCCUUCCUUGGCAUCGCACUGAGGCAGCUCUACCGCUCCACUUUCCUGAAGCUGUUCAUCACACAACUUUCUCUCUUUUUCAUUCAAACUGCCUCUUGCGUGCAUCUGCCUUUUUCUGCUCUGACUCUGACGUCCUGUUUCUCUCCCCUCCCCUGUCCCACACAGGGAAGCGUAGCGUACAACAGCCAAACAAAUGAAUACCCAGUCAGCAAUCCCCUUUUCCCUGUCCUUGGGAGGGAAACCAGAAACAGGUACCAUGUGCCUAGAGGGGGCGGCUUUGGUGUGUACCUUCCCAGCAUGCUUUUGGGGAAGUAACACUGUCCACCUUCCCAGCAUGCCUUGGGAGCCAGGAAGGUUGUUCGUUUUUCCUGUCUCAUAAUGCAUAAACUAACUAAAUCUCAUUGGGUCUUUUUAUUUUCAGCGCUUACCCCACCCCCUCUUUCUUGCCUUUUAUUAUUGUGAUUUGCUCUGUUUAAAA